AAGGACAAAGGGAGGAACCCCCUCCAGCCCUCACGGUAAAACGGAGGAACCCCUUCCACCCAUCACGGUAAAAAGGGGGAACGCCCUGCAGCGCUCCUGGUAAAACGGAGGAACCCCUUCCACUCGUCACAGUAAAACGCAGGAACGCCCUCCAGCCUCAAGGUAAAACGCAGGAACGCCCUCCAGCCCUCACGGUAAAACGGAGGAACGCCCUCCAGCCCUCACGGACAAAGGGAGGAACCCCCUCCAGCCUCAUGGUAAAACGGAGGAACCCCCUCCAGCCUCACGGUAUAACGCAGGAACGCCCUGCAGCCCUCACGGUAAAACUCGGGAACCCCUCGGCCCCUCAGGGCUCCCGCCCAGCGAUAAAGGGAGCCCUGAUAAAGGGACAGGAACGCCCCCGCUCCCCUCACAGAAAAAGGCGGGAAAGCCCCACACAACUGGCGCCCCGCCCCGCGCAUGCGCAGUGCCAAAAGGCGCCUCCCCCCAUCCCCCGCGCGCCCUCCCCUCACGCUGCCGCCGCGCGCACGCGCCCCACGCCCGCCUCAGCCGCCGCCGCCGCUCCGCCCUCACCGCUGCCGCCGCGUCCGUUCCUCUUUCCUCCCGCGUCUGCUCCCCGGUCCUUCCCCGGCGCGUCCCGGGCCAUGGGGCGCUCCUCCAAGGACAAGAGGGACAUUUAUUACCGGCUGGCCAAGGAGGGCGGCUGGAGAGCGCGCAGCGCCUUCAAACUGCUGCAGCUGGAGCAGCGCUUCCAGCUCCUGCAGGGAGCUCCGAGGGCUCCCCAGCCCAGGUGGUGGCCGUGGAUCUCCAGGCCAUGGCGCCGCUCCCGGGGGUGCUGCAGAUCCAGGGGGACAUCACCAAGGUGGGGACCCCCCAAAACCCCCUGAGCCCCCCACUGCGCUCCCCAAAACCCCCUGAGCCCCCCACUGAGCUCCGCAAAUUCCCCUGAGCCCAGCCAUGGCCCCCCC